UUUUAGUUCCGUGGUCCCCAAGAAUGCUGUACAGCGGCAGAUUCAUUUCACUUUAGUGGGGAUAAAAUAAUAUUGUUGCAAUGAUAACUCGCAAUGAGUAGUAGAAAGGAGCGUAGGCGAUAAGGGAGGCAAAACGAUAACGCAGAAAGAAACUGAUGCGCACGCAACCAACGUAUACAUGUCCACGUUCGUGCACGCUGCCGCUGGAAGGGGUUGCAAGAGGGUGGCGAACGGCGGCUCGGUCAGAUAGGAAGGGUGCAGUCGCCUCAGACGUCUGCUCAAUCCUACUCUCGCGCCGAACCUUCCCUUUAAGCUUCUCAUUAUUCGUUUUCAUACAUUAUCCGGUUUGUUCGAAUUUCAUCCCUUAUCGAUACCCGCGGCAAUGGCUUUGGACGCGAAUGAGAAGAGCUACAUCCUGGACGCGAGGAACAACUACGAGGACGGUGGCAGUCUCGGUUCAGAGGAAUCUUACGAUGAUAUGAGGCAACUGGUCGGGGACAAGAAGGAAGAAUCCGGGAAAUUCAAUAGUCUACCGCUGGCCAGUUUUAAUUUCAUCAAUUCCAUUAUCGGCAGUGGUGUCAUCGGGAUACCGUAUGCUCUACAUCAGGCUGGAUUCGGCCUCGGUAUAAUGUUAUUAAUUCUGGUAGCUGCUCUCACUGACUAUUCUUUAAUAUUAAUGGUCAGGAGCGGUAACAUCUGCGGCGAGAUGAGCUACCAAGGUUUGAUGAGGGCAAGCUUCGGUCGUACCGGAUUUUAUAUUCUCACAACAUUGCAGUUUAUUUAUCCAUUCAUAGGUAAAUAUCUUUAAUGACAUUUAUAGUGAGCGCAAGUCGUAUAAAUGCACUUUGCAAGUUAAUGGUUAUCUUGAUUAUUUGAAAAUAAAGGUUAAAUAAAAUAUUAGGUGAUGUGUAAUCAGAAAUUUAAGAAAAUUGCUAUUCGUCGAAGUCUGAAAUAAAAAUGAUAAGGGCCCGACUUUUGACCUUUUUAUUAGGAUCUCUAAUAAUUGAGAUACUCUAUAAAUAUAAUUAAGUUAUCAUGCAUAUACAAAGUUUCAUCAAAAUUGUUUGAUGUUGCUACGAGCUAUACUUAAGCGAUUGGAGAUAUAAAAAAUUGCAGUUUUUCACGAUUUGCGAUCUACAACUGAGAUAACUUGAAGAAUUUUUACACGUUUCGAUGUAUCUAACUUCUUUAUGCUUUCACGGAUUUGGGUGAAAUUUUAUACAUGCGUAUAACUUAGAUACCUCUAGCAACAAGAUGUUUUGUAUUAGAGUCCAAUCAAAAAGUUAAAAAUCAUUUAAUCAUUAUCCUUUUCCUUCGUGAUUUUGAAGAAAUAAUAAGUUUUUUCAAUUUUCAGUUGGGUAUUAUGUUAGUGAACUAGAUCUCCUAACGUCUCGAAGUAAAUUAAUUUAUUUGAUUUAAUAUUAGAAAGUACUAUUUCAU